UCACACUCGAUUUAGCACGUCGUUCCGAUUUCAAUUCCGAAUGAAUACCCAUUUGGAAGCCAUGUGAUCUCACCGAAGCGACAAUCCUAGUGACUGUGAUAUAAUCCCGAUUUCCCGGGCACACGCUUCACGGCAUCGUGAAGUACUGACGUGGCGGCCAAGAUGGAUCUUCCCCAGGAUCAGCAGAAUCAGCUGGAAACGCAAUCGGUUAACCCGGUUCCCAAUCGGAGGGCCAUCAGCGAUUUGCAUUUCAACGCCGUUAACACCAAUUAUAAGAAUCAAAACAAGCAAAACAACAACUCGGUUGUGGCGCAGAACGAUGACUCGAAAGUUUUGCUGCUGCCAUCGAAUCAUCGUAAGUUCAUAAUCGUUCCGUCACAACCGGGCAGCCUCCCGGCAUCCGGAUCCAGCUCCCCGCAAGCGCUUAACAAUAGCAGUAAUAGUAGUAGUAAAAAUGCCAACAACAAUAAUAAUGACACUAGUAAUCAGUACAGUAGUAGUAAUAACAAUCCCAGCCAGCAUGUCGCCAAUGUUGGCUCUCAGGCUAGUCAACCAGUGGCCAAGUUCGAAGUCGGGGAAAGCUCCUCGAGUGGUCCCAGUUCCGUGCUCAAUCCGGCCUACCCACUGGCCCCGGGAGUGGCCAAGGCGAAACAAUUCCACAGUCUGAGAUCGGUACGUUCCGCUCAUGAUCGUUCCGGCAUAUCGGAUGCUCACAUGAAUCCUGCAAUCGUACGAACCGGAUCGUACAUCUUCAGCGAAUCCGGUGGAAGUCCCCGGCUGUUCUCCGAUGCCACUUCCAUCCGAUCGUUGGCAUCCAUUGGCGUUGGGUCCACCGAUGGCCGGAGGAUGGUGAUUCGUCGAGUUCCCAACUCACCCACCGAACUAUUAACGAUCAUCAACCCACCGACACCACCUGACGAGCCGUAUGAGAAUGACAGCUACACGGGCAUUUCGGACGAUUCGGAUAUCGAUAACCUCAAGCCGCGGAAACAGCACUGGGCCAACAAGAUGCAGUUCGUGCUGGCCUGUAUCGGGUAUUCCGUGGGGCUUGGCAAUGUUUGGCGAUUUCCGUAUCUGUGUUACAAAAGCGGUGGAGGUGUUUUUCUAGUGCCGUACUACAUUAUACUGCUGAUCUGUGGUAUUCCAAUGCUGUUUAUGGAACUUUCGGUAGGACAGUACACAGGACGUGGACCGAUCGGAGCCCUCGGGCAGCUGUGUCCACUUUUCAAAGGAACCGGUCUAGCGAGCGUGGUGGUUUCUUUUCUGAUGUCGACGUACUACAGUGUGAUCAUCGCGUAUGCCAUAUACUACUUUUUCACCUCCUUCCGGCCGGAUCUGCCCUGGACCGACUGCUCGCAUCGAUGGAACACCCCGGACUGUUGGGUCCCCGAAAGGUUGAAACACAACAUCAGCCGGCCGGAAAUGUCCCGUACCCCAACGGAGGAGUUUUUUGAGAACAAAGUUCUGCAGAUUAGCCACGGCAUUGAGUAUCCCGGGGGGAUGCGAUGGGAACUGGUGGCUUGUCUGAUCUGUGCCUGGAUUCUGGUUUACUUCGCGAUUUGGAAGUCGAUCAAGUCGUCAGCCAAGGUUCGCUAUCUUACCGCUACCCUUCCGUUUGUGCUGAUCAUCGUCUUUCUGGGUCGAUCUCUGACACUCGAGGGAGCCGACAAAGGACUCAACUACUUCUUCCGACCGAACUGGCAGGAGCUGGGAAGGGCUAAUGUCUGGAUUAAUGCAGCUGCCCAGAACUUCAAUUCCAUUGGGAUUGCCUUUGGGUCGAUGAUCUCAUUCGCCAGUUACAACAAAUACAACAAUAAUAUACUCCACGACACGCUGGCCGUGUCUUUUGUGAAUGGAAUCACCAGUUUGUUGGUAGGGAUUUUCGCUUUUGCAACCAUCGGAAACAUAGCGCUGGAACAGAAUACGACCGUUGAAGAUGUGAUCAGCGGGGGUCCGGGGUUGAUCUUCGUAGUCUACCCUCAGGCGCUGGCAAAGAUGCCUGCGGCUCAAAUGUGGGCCGUUCUGUUCUUCUUCAUGCUGCUCUGUCUGGGUUUGAACAGUCAGUUCGCCAUCGUGGAGGUUGUGGUGACUUCGAUCCAGGACGGAUUCCCCCGGUGGAUUAAGCGGAAACUCGUCUACCACGAGCUGUUGGUGCUAAUCGUGUGUGUGGUGUCGUUCUUUGCCGGGUUGCCGAACCUUAUACAAGGGGGCAUAUACUUCUUCCAGCUGAUUGACCAUUACGCGGCAUCGGUAUCGAUCAUGUUCCUGGCAUUCUUCGAAACCAUUGCCAUCGCCUGGUUCUAUGGGAUCAAUCGAUUGUCCAGGAAUGUGAAGCAGAUGACCGGCCGGUAUCCGUCGCUUUAUCUGCGGUUCUGUUUGCUGAUUGCGGUUCCGGCGCUAUUAAUCUCCCUUUGGAUCUUCAGUUUGAUCAAUUACGAAGCACCGACGUACCACAACGGCAAAUAUAACUAUCCGGGAUGGGCUCACGGUCUCGGGUGGACCAUCACGGCUGCUUCUCUCAUUUGCAUUCCCGCCUUUGCCAUCUACCAGAUUGCCCGUGCCGAGGGAGACACUCUGGGACAGAAAAUCAUGAACACCCUGAAGCCGAAUCUGUACGAGUGUAAAAUCUGCGGUGAGCAUCACUGUGACCAUGACUUCCCGGACGAAGACUACGGUCAGGAAAUGGCACUAGUCGAUUCAACCUCUGGAGCGCCACUCAUUCUGCAGGCUCCUCCUCCCGGGAUCAAUCAGGCCAACUCGCACCAGCAGGCAGGGAACGAUCUACUAGAGCGAAGCCUAUCACAGGACGAUUCGGCUAGGCGAUGAUUUCUGUAGGGAAUAAAGUUUCUACAUAGGUGACAUAAGAAACAAAAACGAUAAGAAGACGCUUAUAGAGUUAAUUGAGGCACAGUUUGAGUCGAGGGCUGUUGUAGUGCCCCAGGAACAAAAGACAAUUAGCUAGCUCAAUUACGACAUCACAAUUUCACCAUAGGCCAAACACGAAAAAACGAGAAAAUAAUAAUAAAAAAAAACUUGUGUUUAGCAAUACAAAAUGUGUAGGUUUCAAAAACAAAUUCUAAAAGCAUGUUAAGACGACGCUAAAAACCAGAGAUGGUUGUAAAAAAUGUAUCACUCCCGCCAAGAGAGAGAGAGAGAGAAAAAAAAGUUAUAUAAAAGACAGUAAAACUUUCAAAUAAGGAAUAACAAACCGCAGCUGUAAAUUUUCUUUUCGUCGAAUAAAAUACUUCUAGAGUUGA